GGAGCUUGGCGCUAAGCAAGCGGCUGGGUUGGUGCGGCGGCGGCGGCGGUGGUGUGGAGACGCUUCACUGAGGCGUAGUGUCCUGUGUCUCACGUCCGUGGGCCUCAGGCCUUAAGCAGACUCCGUAGGAGGCCCCGGUCGGCCUACGUAGUGUCAGCCCUGCCCUUGGCGCCGCUGGCGGAAAGCGCUUUGCGGGGAACUUGGUGAGAGUUUCAGUGGAUGGUGCCGUUUCUGUUCCAGCCUGUCUGUGUGCCAAAGGUCUCAGUGUGAUUCCAGGACCAGAAUAUUGCAUGUCAGCCAGCCAGCUGUACAGUUAACAGCUCCUAAACUCUCAUGGGCCUCUGAAUUUGCUGGCUCCCAGGAAGCACCAUGGUGGGCGUGAUCCCCAGGCUGCUGCGAGGCCCUCUGGGUGCCAUCUUCACUCAGGCGGCUCUGCUGAGAUCAGCGCCCAGCGCUUUGCGCCACCUCACGCGGAGCAGUGUAAUGAAAUCCGAAAGGAGACCUGAUCACUUGGAGAGAACUGCAGACGUCGUUCGGCAGGAGGUCGUUUCGGCAGCCAAGGUGUGUGGAGUAGCCAGCGAGUCCCUGUCGGUGAAGAGGCUCCGCCUGCUCAUUGCGGAUAAAGACUUUUCUUUUAAGGCCGGCCAGUGGGUUGAUUUUUUUAUCCCAGGAGUCUCUGUGGUUGGUGGGUUCUCAAUAUGCUCCAGCCCUAGGCUGCUGGAACAAGAGAGAAUGAUAGAGCUGGCAGUGAAACAUACAAACCACCCUCCUGCUCUCUGGAUCCACAAUCAGUGCACCCUGGACUCCGAGGUGGCUGUGAGAGUCGGGGGGGAGUUCUUCUUUGACCCGCAGCCUGCGGACGCCUCCAGAAACCUCAUGUUGAUUGCGGGAGGCGUCGGGAUUAACCCCCUGCUUUCCAUCCUGCGGCACGCAGCUGACCUCCUCAGAGAGCGGGCAAGCAGGGGACGGGGGUAUGAGAUGGGGACAGUCAGACUGCUCUACAGCGCGAAAGACACCAGCGAGCUCCUCUUCAAGAAAAAUAUCCUCGAUCUAGUAAAUGAAUUUCCUGAGAAGAUUGCCUGCAGUUUGCAUGUUACAAAACAGACUACACAAAUCACUGCAGACCUCAGGCCAUACAUCACGGAAGGAAGAAUAACGCAGAAGGAGAUAAGAGAUCACAUUUCGAAAGAGACCUUGUUCUACAUUUGUGGCCCACCUCCCAUGACAGACUUCUUCUCCAAGGAGCUGGAGAGCAGCCGUGUCCCCAGAGAGCACAUCUGCUUUGAGAAGUGGUGGUAGGGGCAGGUGGGGCCGGGAGAAGGAGGCAGACGAGGUCCGUAAGGCUCACACACAGGGCGCUCUGUGGUUCGGCCCAUGAUUUUCCUCUGCCUACUCUCCUCUUAAGGCUGUGGACUCUGCCCAGUUGGAGAAACCAGUAAAAUCAGCUGACAGUCAAAUGAUAAACUUGUUGCAAAAACUUCAUUAAUUAAACUUAUUUUUACUGCA